CUAGGGGUGGGGGAGGUCGGGGAGGGGGCGAUAAAAUGGCGCAGGGGGCGGAGUGAGGCGCAGUCGUUCGCACAGGCUUCGGCCCCGCUUCCGGAGGAAGGUGGGAGUCAAUCAUUUUGACAAGUCUCCUGAAAGGAACAGCUAGCAGGAGCUGAAACCUUUUUCCAUUUGGUCUCGUGGCAAAGAGAUCACGCCAGCAGCUCCACACAGUAUGGAAGACAAUUCUUGUAUUCUUAAAGUUUUUUUUUAAACUUUAAAAGUUAUACGUGUUUGUUUUUUCAAAGUGUAAACUGAAAGUCCAAGCAUUUUACACAAUAUGACGUGCUCACUAGUCUCCUCUGAACAGUCUUCUGGGACUUCUCUCUUGCCUAAAGACAAUGCCCCAUUUUCAUGGGGUUCCUCGGAUGAGGAUGGAUUGGAUGACUCCUUGCUGGAUCUGUCUGAGGGAGAAGAAGAUGAUGGCCAUUUCAGUUUCACAGAGGAAGAUAUUCAGGAGCUCUUGAAGGAUGAUGACCUAUCAAAUGAGCACUUUUCUUGGGGAGGAGGGUUGCUUAAAGAUGACAGCAGUCACGUUGAGAGGGGAGGGAAAGGGGAUCAAAUUCUAUUUGAUACUUCCCAAGAGAAAAAUUCAUCAUACACCUUGGGACCAGUAGCUGAGACCCCUGGCCUCUUAAAACUACCUCAACUAAGUACAUCAGUUGGUCAUGGCCCAACUCCUACUAAACCGUUAAACAGACACUUUGCACUAGAAAAGAAUCUUGUAAAAGUAACAGUUGCACCAUUUAAUCCAACAGUUUGUGAUGCUGUGCUUGAUAAGGACAAGACUGAUUUAUCCAAAGAUCUUGAAAAGCCCUCCUCCCUUGGGGAAGAGAUGAGAGAAGAUGGUCUUAGCCCAAAUGAGAGCAAACUCUGCACUGAGUCUGAAGGGAUCAGUCCCAAUAAUUCUGCUUGGGAUAUGCCCCCGCUCUCUUCUCCAGACAGUAACUUUCAGCAAACUGUGUCUGAUAAAAAUAUGCCUGACAGUAAGAAACCUACACCUGUAUUCUCUCAGAUCUUGGACAAUUCAGAGACUCCUCAUUUGGGGUCAUCCUGGAAAAAUGGAUCACAUAAAUCAAAUUGUGAAAUGACGUUUCCAGUUGUUUCCAGUUCAUCAAACAAAAAUGUUCUUGACAAGGAUUCUGGGAAGCUGAAAGUCAACGAGAGAAGACUAGGCAAAGUCAUACCUGUUCUGCAAGCCAAAAGAAGGACUAAUGUUCCGACGUUUUCACAAUCAGAUCUAGAAAAGCAGAAGCAAAGUUAUCUCAAGGAAGUCAUUGCUCAUAUAGAACACCCAAAGGACACUAACCAAGGUGCCUUGGGGGAACUGUACGCCUUGAUGGAUCAAGUUCAUCAUGUGCCAAACCCAAAAUGGCAGCAUCCUUCGGACCUCACCAUGCGAAACUAUGCUCGGUUCCGACAGAAACCUCUGCAAAGAUACAGUCUGACUCAGUGGGUUGACAGGAACAUGCGAAGCCACCAUCGGUUCCAGCGUCUCCCAGAUUUCCCACCGAGUCCAUUUGUCUCACCCCAUCAGCAGUGAAGGUCUCUAUCCAGGGUCCUGUUCCAGGUCCUGUUCGGAGCAGCAGCUCAUCUUCUGCUCUUUUGUGCUUUGUAGAUUUUGAAUUUUAUUUUUCACAAGAUUUUUAUUUAAAGAACUUGCCACCUUUUGGAAAUUCCCGUUGCUGACUUGAAAUUUUUUUGUAUAACGUCCUUCUUGUUUGUCUGUGUGCAUGCGUUUAAGCACUGUUAAGUUUUUAUUUUUUUUUUUUUAUUUAAAUUGAAGGUGACCACUAAUUGAAAGCCAGCAUCAAGCCAGAAUCCCUAGGCUCAGGCAAAGCACCCACCUCUGCACAGAGGUGAAGUCUACUUCUGGUGCCCAAAAGAAAUCAUCUUCUAAUCUCCUGUAAGGAAGAGAUUACCAGGCUGCAAGCCAGCAUUAAUUACUGCUAAUGACUUAUAAGUGGAUGUAAGUCACUUUUAACAACCCCUCUUACUUUUUUAUUUGAAUCUCUGAAUACCUGUCAGUAUUUUAAAGUCGGUAAUCCAGCACAUCUGAAGUAGGACGGAGCAGGACAAAAAUCCUGUGGAAGGGACAAAUUAAAAGUGUAAAUCUUC